AUGAAGAAUAUUACGUUUUUAGUUUCCUUUCUAAUUUUUUUAAGAAGCAUAAAUGCUAAUAUUAGCAUAACCAAUUUUACUUAUACAAGUGGGAAAGGUGAUGUAAAUAUAGAGAUUUUUCAAACUGACUAUAUAACUAUAUUAAAGCUUCCUUUUGGAGGAAAAAAUGAACAGAAGUUUGAAAUAAGUGAUGAUUAUAUUAUUACUAAUGAUAAAGAAACAAAUAAUUGUAACAUACCAAAUAACAAUUUUGGUGUGGUGUAUAGCAAAUCCAAUUCUCAAAAUAAAUUUUUGUUUGUACAAAGAGAAUAUACAACAAUUUACAUAAAGGAUAAAAAUAAUGCUUGCUCCCCUAUUUCAAAGAUUGAACCGUCAUUAUAUUCCUUCCAAACUAUAGAAUAUAAAAAGGAAAAGAUAAAAUUAGGGAAUACAACAAAAUGUGACGAGAAAAUUGUCGAAAAGUUAAAAACAUAUAUUGAUCUUUUAGACGAUAUGAAUCUUUCAGAAGAUAUGAAAUGUGACAAAAUAAUAUCAUCAUCGUUUUUACAAAAUAUAGAGAUAAUAGAUUGUACAGUAUAUAUUGGAAAUAUUUUUCUAUUUAAUAAAUUGAAUAAGGAAGAAUAUUAUAUUUGUAUAAAAAAAGAGGAUAAUAAUAAUAAUAAUAAUAAUAUGAAGAAUAAUAUAUCACUUCUUAUCCACACCAUUGAUAUAAAUAAUAUACUUAUAUUUAACACAUUUUAUUGUAACAUAGAAAGCGAUAUUUGUUCAAUUAUAAUUAAUUCGGUUUAUUUUAAUAAUAUGCCUAAUAUAACAGAUGAUACUUUAGUUUUGAAAUCUCAAUGCAAUAUUGAUAGCAACCCUUUAAUAAAUAUUGAUCGUGUUUUAAGAGAAGGGUAUUAUACUUUUCAUUUUAGUAAUCCUAAAAUAUAUUUUUUACAAAUAUGUAUUAAAGAUAAUUUGAAGAAAUAUAGAAUGCUAGGUAAAAUAUAUUUUUUAAAAGCAUAUGACCCAGUCAUAUGUUUUAUUGGCACACCAUGUGUUAUUAAAUCUUUUACAGCAAAAGAAAAUAUACAGUAUGUUCAAAAUAAUAUUGAUAAGGAAACGUUUAUAUUUUCGAAUGAAAAAUGUGAUAAUGAAAAUGUAAAUAAAAAAGAAAAUAGGAAUAUCAUAGAAACAAAUUAUGAUAUGAAAGAGCUAGAAAAUAAUCAACAUUUAUAUCUUUUUAGUAAUAAUCCUUUAACAAAUGAAAAAUAUUUAUGUACCUCAAAUAAUGGGAAUUUUUUAUUGUUAUUUUCCAUAGUCUUAAUUAAAUUACCUGAAUAUAAUAUACAUUAUAGUAUUAUAAAUAAUGUAGUUAUUAAUUAUUCUACUCCUUUUUUUGAAUAUAAUAAUUAUUUAGGGCCAUAUGUAAAAUAUGAAUGUUCAGAUAAAUCGAUAGUUUCAGAUGAAUAUAACAAUUUUAAUAGUAAUAAAGAUAAUGAUUUUUUAUUAAAGAAUGAUGAAUUAAAUUUCACAAUAAAAUUCAAGGCCAUUAUUAUGAGAUUAUGUCUCAAACAAUAUAAUUUUUAUUAUGAUAUUGGAAAAAUAUAUAUUGAAAAUUUGAUAAAUUAUAAAAAAAUUUCUUCUUUAAAUGAUUUUACAUUUAAUGCUGAUAUAUCCAUACAUGCUGAUGAUUUAAAUACCAAAUUAUUAAAAUUUGCAAUAAAAGAAGAUCAUAACUGUCAUUCUGAUCAAGGCUUUUUUGUUCAAUCUAAAGUUAAUUUUCGUGUAGAAAAAAAAUCGUUUUACAAAAAUAUAUUUAUUAAUCAUACAACAUUAUAUGAAUCAAUAAAUAAAAUUAUUUUAGAUAAACAUAUAUAUUAUAUUUGUAUGUGUUCACUACAUGAAAAAUGUUAUGAUAAUAAUAAUCUAAUAGAUUAUAAUACGUAUACAAAUAUUACUAUACCAAAUGAAAUUCAUCCUUCACUAAAUAAAAAAUUUGUAUGCAAAAUUUUUGAGGAUUGUUCUUUUACUAUCAAUUUUGAAAAUGAAGAUAAUAAUAUAUCAGAUAUAUGGAUAGCCAAAAAAGGAAAAUCUUGUAAUUCCAAAGAUAUACAAGAAGGAAUUCAUAUUAAUCAUGAAAACGUUAAAGAAAUAAAUAAAGAAAACCUUCAUGUAAUAACAAAAGUGAAUUUCAAAAUUUAUUAUAUAAUUAGCCAUAUAAAUUAUUCAUAUUUGUUUAAUCAGGAUAUAAUUAUUUGUGGAAAUUAUCGAAAUCAACAUUUUAUUAUUCAUAUAAAAAGUGAUUUCUUCUUAUUAUACUAUGCACUUCCAUUUGAAGAAGAAAUUAAAAUAAAAAAUGUUACACAAAUUAAUGUAGCUACUAAUACACAUGAAGCACAAAAGAAAAAUAUAAAUACACACAGUUUUGAAAAUAUUAAAAAAAAAUAUAAACGCUUAUUUAUUUAUUCAUACCUUGAUGACGGUAAAAGCAAUUUAUAUAAAACUAUUAACGUUAAUGAAGAUGAAAAUGAAAUAUGGGAUACUAUCAAAUUUGAAAUUCCAAAUGAUUAUCCUACAAAAUAUAAUGAAAUAUAUUUUAUUAAAGAAUGUCAUUAUGAUCAAGGUGUUAUAAUAUAUGAUCACAAAAGAGAAUCAGACAAUAUUGUGCUUAAUAAUGAUUAUAAUCAUAUAAUAAAAAGUAAAGAAAUUUACUGGGCAAGAAGAAAGCGAAUAUUUAAUAAAAAAUUAAAGAAAAAAGGAAAAAUAAAAAAUGAAAUUAUUAAUAUAUAUAAUUGCUCAAACGAAGUAAUGGAAAAUCACACAUUAACAACAAUUCUUAUAUUUGAUGGACCAUUAAAAGCUUUAGAUAUUUAUUGUUAUAUGGAACUUGAUUGUACUCAUAAAGAAAAAUUUUCAUUAUUAAAUUAUGAUUAUUCAUUAUUUGUUGAAAUAUCAGAGACACAAAGAAUUAUUAUAUAUUCUAAAGAAUCAGAAGGAAAUAAUAAAAAAAAAUUAAAUAAAGAUGAACAAAUAAAUUUAUAUGAAUCUAAAAGAAUGACAGAACUCAUUUUAAGUAUUCCUAAACAUAUUUCAAAAGGACUAGAACCAGGACCUUAUAAAAUUAUAUAUACAAGAAAAUUCAAACAAUUUAUUCAUGAAUUAUAUGUAGGAACAUUUCAUUUUAUUGGUGCCCCUUUACAAAAAUAUCAUAUUAUACGAGAAAAUCAAGAAAACAUUAUUAUUCAUGGAUAUUUUAAAAAUGUUGAAAAUGAAAAAAUACAAAUUGUAAAACAUGGAAAUACAUGUAUUUUAACAAACAAAGAUAAAAAUAAGAAAUUAUUAAAAUCAACUGAAAUCGAACUUGUUUUAAAUGAAAUUAAAAGAAAUGUUCAAAACUGUACAUAUGUAGAUGAUAACAAAAUAAUAUGUAAAAAUGAUUUACCUGUACAAGGGAAAUUUGUUCUAUGCUGGUGUUAUAAUAUAUUAAGUAAUGAAAAUAAUAUAUGUCAUAAUUUAAAUAUUUAUAGACCUAAAAUUACAGAAGUUUCUUCUCUAUUAUAUUCAAUGGAUCCAAUAUUAGAAAUAUCAAAAUCCUCUCUUACCAAAAUUUUAAAUUAUAAUAUUGGAGAUUUCUUUUUUAUAAUCGAUGAUGAUUGUGAACAUAUCAAAAAUAUUAAAUUAAAAUCUAAAUUAAACGAUGAACAAAAUAUUCUAGAUAUCUAUAAACAUUUACAAUAUCCAAAAAAAUAUGAUUUAUGUAUUUGUAUUGUUCAACAUAAUAUUUCAUGUGAUAAGGAGGAAAAUUAUAAAAAUUUUUAUAUCAAAUUAAACGAAAAAUUUUAUUUUACAAAGGAAAUGGGUAACACAGAUGAAUUUAAUAAUAUGGAUAAUUUAAUAAAAGAUUUUACAUUGACUAUAGAUUAUUUGGAAAAAUUACAAAUGGAUAUGGUCCCUGUCUUUGUUUUUUUACCUGGGCCUGUCGAAUAUAAGGAAUAUGUUUGUUUUUCUGGAAUACCAUGUAACGCACUAAUCAAAAUUAAAAGAUCUACACAAACAAGGUUAAGAACAAACAAUGCGCAAAUUACUGUUGAGAAAAAAGAUGUAACGAAUAAUCAUAUGGAUACUUAUGGGAAUAAAAAUAAGGGAAAUAUCAAAGGCGCCACUACAAAAAAAAUAGAAGAGAAAAAGGAACAAAAAGGGAAUGAUCAAAAGGGAAGUGAAAUAGGAGAUAAUAAUGAAGAUGAAAAUGAAGAUGAAAAUGAAGAUGAAAAUGAAUAUAAUAAGCAAGAUAAUAAACAAGAUAAUAAACAAGAUAAUAAACAAGAUAAUAUGCAAGAUAAAGUAGAAAAUAAGAAUAAUGAUAUCAAUAUGGACAAAAAAAUUUCAGUCAAAGAAACCAAUAUUGAAAAAAAGGAAUAUGAAGAAGAGCAAGACGAUGAUGAAGAAGAAGAAGGGGAAGAAGUGGAAGAAGAAGAGGAAGAAGAAGAAGAAGAAGAAGAGGAAGAAGAAGUGGAAGAUGAAGUGGAAGAUGAAGUGGAAGAUGAAGUGGAAGAACAACAACAAAAACAACAAUUUGAUGAUGAUAAUAAUGAUGAAGUUGAAGAUUCAGAUAAAGAUGAAAAAAAAGAGGACGAAACAGAUGAUUAUAAAAAUAAAGAUAAAAAUUUUAAUCCAAAUGAAGAAGAAUCACAAAAAGUGAAUUCAAACACAGAACAAAAUCAAUAUAGUGAACAAAUUAUUUCAGAUGAAGAACAAGUUAAUAUUGAACACAAACUGUUAGGACAACAUCACUACAUAUAUUACACAUUAAAUGAUACAAAAGAAUGUAAAAAUGAGUAUGAAACCGUUUAUAAAAGUAAUGCAUCCAGUAUAUAUGUUUCACAAGAAAUAAAUUAUUUACAUCAGGGAUUUAUAGAUGGAGUUUAUAAUUUAAAAAUUGAUAUAGUACCUAUAGAUAUAACUAAACGAUAUGAAAUUUGUGCAUCAUUCUAUCCAGAUGAUAAAUAUUUUUAUAAUAUUGGAAAUGUUAUAUUUUAUGGAAUAUUUAAUGAAUCGAAUACUUUAGAUAUAAUUUCAGGUGUUCCAUUUAGCUUUGAAAUAAAUCAAUUCUAUUCGAAGUAUAAUUUAUUCAUUCGUUUGAUUUAUGAAAAGUAUGGAGAUUCUAAAAUAUGUAGAUUAUAUAAUAAUAAUUUUGAAAGUGUGUUUUUAGAAAGUUCUAUAGAACACACAAUAGUUCAACAUGAAAAGAAAGUGUUAGAUAAUUAUAUAACUAAUUAUAAAUGGAAUGAUAUAACAAUCAUUUUAGAUACAGAUAAUAAUAAUUAUAUGACUUCAUAUCAAAAUAUAGAUGGUUCUUAUAAUUUAUAUGUAUGCUCCUGUUAUGAAUUAACUGAGGGACAUUGUGAAUCAGAUAACUAUUUUUCUACACAGGUUAUGAAAUUUUAUGUACAUACAGUUGAAUUAAAAGAACCCAAAAUGAAUUCAAUAAUACAUUUCUUAAAACCAUUUACGCUCAAAUUAGAAACUACCAAAAUAUUAAAUGGAUCCAUUAAGGUUAUACCAAUUGAUAUCAUAUCAGAUUUAAGUAAAUUAUGUUUAGAAUUAAAUUUUAAAAAAAUAUAUUUAAAAUAUCAAGCAGAUAUUAAUGAAUAUGAACAAUCAUAUAAUAUAACUAUUAAUUUCCUUUCUCAAGGUUUUAUUAUAUGUUGGUGUGGAAACGAUAAUUGUAAAGACCAUGAAUAUUUAACCAAAGUUGCUUUUUUCAGAUUGAAUAGUCCAAAAUUUAUAGAUGUACACACAGAUUUAUAUGGAAACUUUUCUUUUCAUUUCUUAAAUCAGUUUGUAAAUAUAAAUGAUAGAGUAAGAUUUGUGGGAGAAGCUUCCUCUUGUUUGGAUGAUGAGAACGUUGAUUUAUUUAAUAAUCACAUUCAAAUAAGAAAAAUAGAAAAUAAAAUAGAAAAAAUGACCAAUGGUGGAAAUAACAAAAAGGCCCAACAACAAAAUAAUAAUAAUAAUAAUAAUAAUAAUAAUAAUAUGCAGGAUGAUAAUUAUGAGAGAUACACAUUCGACUGGGAACAAAUCAUCGAAAUAUAUGGAAAACCAAGAUAUAUUUCUAAAGGCAUAAACCAAAACUGGACAUGGAUUUCUGAAAAUUAUAAAAUGAAAAAUUCAAAUGAAAAAUACAUAAAAAUAUGUUAUUGUUUUCGCUUUUAUUAUAAUAAUUGUAAAGAUACCAAAAAUUUUCUAUAUAUAGGAUUAGUACAUAAUAAUAUUUGGAAUAGCAAAACAAUAAUUAUGCAGAAUGAAUUAGAAACAAAUUAUGAAAUACAUAAUUUGAUAUAUUUUAAUAAAGAUUCUAUUAAAUUUGUUGCAAUUAACUCAUUUAACGAUUUGAAUAGAAAUGUUUGUGAUAAUAUAAAUUAUGAAAAAAAUAUUAUUAUGCCUUACUUUUUUGGAUAUAGUAAUUUUCAUAAUUCGACAUUUAAUCAGAAUAAUAUAUUAAAUAUAGGCAAGACAUAUUAUCUUAAUGAAUUUAUUUUUAUAUUAUGUUAUAAUACUGAAUAUUAUAAGAAGAAAACAUUUUUCUUAUUAGCACCAAAAGAUAUGUCUGAGUUAAAUGAACUUACAACAUAUUAUAAUGAAAAAAUAAAUACAUUUAAUUUAACACAAUCAGGUUUUUCAUAUGAUUCAGAUAUAAAGGAUAUUUCAACAAAAAAUGAAAAUAUUGAAAAAUAUGAAAACUUACAAUUAUUGUUACAAAAUAAAGGGAACAAACCAAACAUAUUUGAGAAUUAUUUUCAUCUAAAAGAUGUAUAUAAAAAGAAUAAUAUGAGUAUAUAUAAUAUGAAUUUUUAUAAUAUGAGUCCAUAUAUAAUUUAUAAUAAUAAGAAGAAUACAAAUAUACAAGUAAAGAAAAAAUUAAAAAUUAUAUUAACAAAAAUGUAUCAUAUGACUAGUAUAGAUAUCAAUGAAAUUAUAUUUUAUAAAGAUAAAGGAGAAUUAUUAACUGGUCUUAAUUUACAAAAUAUAUUUAUUCUACCAAAGAAAAAGAAAGUCAUAUUAUGUUGUUAUAAUGAUGAUUAUAUAGAUGUAGAUAUAAAUGAUGAAAACAAAAUUGGAUUGAAAAAAUCAAACAAAAUACAAGAAUUAAUUGAUAUUUUUAAAAAAUAUCAUCCAAAUUUUGAACGAAAUAAAAAAAAACAAAAUGAUAUAUUAGAACAAUUUAAUAAUAUCAAUGAUAAUUUAUUUAAAUAUGAUUAUAUAAGAAAUGAUAACCAAAAUGAAAUUUAUUAUGAUACAGGCUUUUAUAGAAAUCACAUUUAUAUACAACUAAUUAAUCAUCCAUUUGAUAUAAAAAUAUAUGGAUCUAAUAUACAAAAAAAGAACAAAAAAGAAUAUAUAUUAUAUAUAAUAGAUUUUCAUAAUACUUGUUAUAAAAAUAUGAAUAAAAAUGGAUUUUUCUUAGAACAUAAAAGAUAUAAUGAAAUGGAAAAUUAUAUACACUUUUUACAAAUUUCCAUGAACAAAAUAAAUAAUUACAAAUUGUGUUUAUAUGAAAAAAAUAGUGAUAUAUAUUCCAAUGUGGGUAUUUUGAAUAUGACAGAUUAUUAUGUUAUAAAAGAGAAUUUCUUUUUCGACAAUGAAGAUAUUGAAAAUAUAAAUAAAAAUGAAAUGGAAAUUGAUUAUCAUAAUAAUAAUAAUAAUAAUAAUAAUAAUAAUAAAUAUUACAUUAAAUAUCAUAGUCCAAAUGUCAUCAAAAAUGUAUGCUUAAUUAUAGACAAUACAAACAAAAUAAUUGUUAUUAAAGAAAAGGGAAGCUUUUAUUUUAAUCUGCAAAUAGAAAAAGGAAUAUUCAUAGAGAAGGGAAAUCAAAAAUUAAAUGAACUAUUCCCUGAUAUAAAAAAUCAUGAACUUAUAUCAUGUAAAAAUAAAAAUAAAAAUACAAUUAUAUUAACAAAAACACAUAUUUUUUUGUAUACCAAAAAUAAUAAUAUAUCUUUUUCAACAAAACAUAACUUACCAUUUCCAUAUGACAUCGAUUUUGAUGAUAUGUAUAUAUAUAUAAAUGAUUUAUAUCUGAAUAAAAUUGCACGUAUACAAAUUUUAUCUACUAAAGAUAAUAAAACACCUAUUCCAAUUAUUAAUAAUAAACAAAGAACCAAAAGAAGUAUUAUCAACAAUGAUAAUGAAUCACAACAAAAUAUAAAUCCCUACAAUAGAAAUAGAACUAAUCAAAUUAUAGAUCAAAAUAUUCAAAAGAAAGAAAAAACAUAUCAUCAUUUUAUUCCAUUACAUGAGGUGAAAAAAAAAAAAUUACAAACUAAUAAUAUAAUACAAUUAAAGCAAAAUGAAUUCACCAUUAAAAAUUUGAAAAAUAUAGAUUAUUCAAAAAAUAACAUUCCUAAUCAAAAAAUCAGUUCAAAAGAUGACAUAUACAAAAUGAGAGAUUUUCAAGCAUUCAUAAAUAAACAGGCUAAUUUAAUUACUACCAAUUUAUUUAGUUUGUAUAAUUAUUUUGAGAAGAAAAAAUAUUAUAACACUCUCAGUUAUUUUAUUAAAUGGUUAUGGUCAAAUAAAUUAGGAUCCUCAGGAGAAGAAAAAUAUUCAACAAAAGGUAACAUAACAUUGAAUGGAAACACCAUAAGAAAUGAUAACAAUAAUAAUAAUAAUAAUAAUAAUCAUAUUAGUAGCGGUCGUGAAAAAUAUAUUCAUAGUUAUCAUACAUAUAUUGGAGAAAAAAAGCAUACUGAAAACUUACACAAUACACACCAUUUAAAUAAUUUUAUUCAAUUUUUUCAAAAUAAAAAAAAUUUUAUACAUAAAAAAGAAAAAAAUAGUAAAAAUAUUCCGUCAUAUAAUAUAAUGUUUAACAAUAUUAACCAUAUAUCAAACACAUUAAAUGAUAGAAAAGAACAAGAAUUAACAAGUACCACUAUAAAGAAAAGAACAAAAAGAAAUGUUGAGGGAAAACUUAUGAAUCAAUCAGAUUAUAAUGAACUUAUUUUAGCACGUAUCAAAAAAUAUACAAAUAAAGUAGAAGCUCUGCAUUUUGUCAAUAAUCAACUUGAUUAUAUAAAUUAUAUAAUAAAUUUAAAAAGCCCAUUAAGUAUCAGUAUCCAAAAUAAUGUCCUAUAUAUUUUAGAUUCUAUAAAAAAUAGUUUUUUUAGUUACAAUUUGAUAAAUAAAGAAAUGAAAGAAUUAGAAAAAUAUCAUUUUCAUGAUCAUCCAUACAUAUUAAAAAAUCCUUUACAUUUUUCCAUAUACAAUGGUAUAAUAACAGAAUAUACAGAACAUAAAAAUAACUUAGCAUUUGUCACCCAAAUUGAUAGUAAUGAGAUAAAAAUAAUUGAUUUAAAUAAUAGUAAAAAAUAUAAAAUAAUCAAAGCAAUUAAACUAAGGAAAGGAUAUAAACAUAAUCACAUAAAUUAUGUUAUAGGAAUAAAACAAAAAUUAUUAAUAAUAACAUCACAAAGUGAAAAUAUUAAUCAUUAUAAAAAUAUAAUUUAUCAUUAUCAUUUUAAUUCUUUUGAUCAAUAUUUUAGUAUAUCUUUUAAUUAUACAUUUGCAAAAAAUUAUAAUGCAAGUGAUAAUUUGUAUAUUAUACCUGAUAUAGAUAAAUAUAGUGAUAAUAUAAUAUAUUUUUGUUUUCUAAAUUCAAAUAAUAAAUGUACAAAUAUUGAUGAACUAACCAAUUUGUCUAUAUCUCACGAAUCAGGAAUAAUAACAGGAAAACUAAAUUAUUUUGGGAACUUUUCCUUAAAAAUAUUUGCAAAAACACAUUUUCAAUAUAAAAUUAAUACAUAUACAAAUUUAUAUUCUUAUUGCGGUAUUAGUCAAGAAUAUAAUAAAACAAAAGCUACAUGUGAGAGCUGUCCAAUAGGCACUUUUUGGAAUAGCGAAAAAUUAUUAUGUGAGAACUGUCAUAAAUAUAUUCAAAAUACUUCUACCCUAAAAAAUGGAUCAAAAUUAAAAACAGAUUGUCUAUGUUCCCCAGGAUAUGAAUAUUCUGAUAAAUCAUCGAAAUGUGAAAAAUGUAAACCUGGAUAUUAUAAAGCAAGUGUUGGAAAUUUUAUUUGUAUUAAAGGUUGCCCAAUAAAUGAAAAAAGUAUAACAUAUGGUGCAAAAAAUUAUGAAGAAAUGGAUUGUAAAUGUAUUGAAGGAUAUUAUAGAAAAGGAGAUAAAUGUGUUUUAUGCUUAUCAAAUUAUUAUUGCCCAGGAAAUGAAUUAAUAAAACCAUGUGAUAAACAUAAAAUAUCCAAAGUAGGAAUUAUAGACAAAAAUGAUUGUAAAUGUAAAGAAAAUUAUAUAACAGAUAAUAAAAAUAAUAAUUGUGUUUAUUGUGCUUCUAUAGCAAAAAUUUUAGGCAAACCAAUUUAUUGUUCUUUAUGUGAUCCAAUUUAUUUUUAUGAAGAAAAUUAUAAAAAUUUAUUUAUACUUCCUAAUAAUAUACAUAAUUAUGGACUAAUUAAUAAUAUAUAUAAUUAUGAUGAAGAUUUAUCAUUACAAGGAGAUAUAAUGAAAUAUGCUUAUUUUCAUAAAACCACAAAUAUAGAAAAAAAUUUUACAAACUAUAUAAAUAUUAAUAAUAUAUAUCAUACAUUUAAGAAUAAUAUUAAUAAUUAUGAUUAUUUAAAUACAGACAAAUUUGCUGUCGAAAUAGAUAUUCCUAAACCAAAAAAAUGUAUAUAUUGUGAUAGUGGAUAUUAUAUGAAAAAACAAAAAUGUGUUUCAUGUACUAACAAAUAUUGUGAAGGAUUUAAUCACACUCCAAAAGCAUGUCCUAAAAAUUCAGUUGUAAAUAAAAUAAAUGCACCUUCUAUUUUUGAUUGUUCAUGUAAACGUGGAUAUGGUAUAUUAAAUGAAAGAAGAAAUGCAUAUGAUAAUAAUAUUACAUGUCAGCCAUGUCCACAAAAUUUCUUUAAACAUAUUAUAUCUGACGAUUCCUGUUUCCCAUGCCCAUUAUAUACAUAUACGUUAAAUCAAGGAGCAACAUCUAUAUUACAAUGCUUACCAAAAAAAGGAUAUUUCAUUUAUAUGUUUAAAAAUAUUAAUAUAGACUAUUUAAGAUAUAAAUUUGAUAUAAACACAGAAAAUAGAAUAUAUAAUUAUUUUGAAAAGAAUAAUAAAAUAUUUCAUGAAGAUGUAUAUAAUUUUUUUUUAAACAAGCAAUAUUCAAAAUUUUUUUAUAACACAGAAAAUAAAACAAAUAAUAAUAAUAGUAAUAAUAAUAAUAAUAAUAAUAAUAAUAGUAAUAGUAAUAAUAAUAAUAAUAAUAGUAAUAGUAAUAAUAAUAAUAAUAACAAAACAAAGGAAAAUCAUUCUUAUAAUACAGUGCGGAAUACAUACAACCCUUCGAAUAAUUUACAAAAUAAAAAUACAGAAAAUAUUUAUAAUAUACAAUACUUGGAACAUUUAGGAUUUAUCAAAAAAACUUCAUUGUUCUAUAUUUAUAUGAUACUCUUAAGAAAUAUUGAAGAACAUUAUAAUUUUAAUAUGGAUAGAAUGUUAAAAAUUACUUGCCAUAUAAACCUUCAUUUAAAAAAAAACCCACAUUUCACUAUUACGUAUAAAACAAAUUUACAAGAAUGUAUAGACAGUUGUAAAAAUAAUAUAUAUUGUAGAGGUAUUGAAUUUUCAAGGAAACAAGUAGAAUAUACUCAAAUAAUCUUAAAAAAUAAUAAGAAAAUUAUACUUGGAUAUUUUAAAUGUAAACAAUUUUAUUUCCAGGAUAUAUAUGAUUAUUCUUCCUAUAACUUAGAUUCUUAUUUAAAUGAACAUAUAGAAAAUCAAAUAAAUAUUAAAAGUACAUUAACAUAUACAAAUUUCAUUAUGAAAAAUAAAUCAGAUAUUAUUUAUACUUGUUCAAUUGAUAGAGAUCCUAAAUAUUUACUUUAUAAACAUUAUAAACUAGUAGAAUGUGUAAUAGGGAAAUUUUGUCCAGGUAAUAAUACUCCAUAUAUGAUAUCAUGCCCUAUUAAUUCUAUAACCACAAUACCAAUAUCAACAGAUGUAAAUAAAUGCUUAUGUUUAAAAGGUUAUUCCUAUGUAGGAGUUACAUCUUAUAGAUGUUCUUUAUGUGAUAGAGGAACUUAUAAAAAUUCAACAGGUAAUAAUAAAUGUGAUAAUUGUCCUUUAUCAUUUUCAACAACACAUAGAGGAUCAACAAGUAUUAAGGAUUGCUCUUGCACAUCUGGAAAUUAUCUGACAUUUGAUACCUUGGGAAAUUUUAUACGUACGGAAAAUAUUCAGCAAAAAAAUAUUAGCGAUCAGUAUUUUGUUAUACCCAUAAAACAGAAAUCUCACCAUGAAAAUGAAAAUGAAAAUAAAGGUAAAAAUAAAAAUAAAGAUGAAAAUAAAAAUAUAAAUAUUUUUAAUAUUAAUAAUAUUUACAACCAUGAUCUAGUUUAUAAAACAAAAAUGAUCAAAAUUAGUUUGAAUAAAGAAAAUGAUAAUCAUAAUAAUAAUAAUGAUUAUAUGAACAACAUAUUAAAACAAACUAUAGGUGUAUGUAAACCAUGUACUUUAGAAAACCAUUAUUGUGAAGGAGGUUUAGAAACUGAUAUCACUUUUAAUAAUAAAAUUAUUAAAGGUAAAUUUCAUACCUUACCAAAAAAAUGUCCAAAGGGAUUAGGUAUUCCAAAUAUAAUUAAAGAAAGAAAUUCAAUAAAAAAUUGUUUGUGUAUACAUGGAAAAGUUCUAAGAACCACACAAAAUAAAAAUGUGGAAUGUUUCCCUUGCCCACCUAACACAUUCAAAGAAAAUGAAUAUGACAAUAGUUGUUCAGGUGCUUGUCCUCCAUUUUCCACUACAUUUGUUGGGUCAUCUUAUGAAAAUCAAUGCUUUUGUAAAAAUAAUUAUUAUCUUGUAUCUACGGAUGAUGAAAAUGACAACAACAAUAAUAAUAGUAAGAGCGAUGUAAAUGUGAACAGUUGUAAAAUUUGUCCCGUAGGAGCUAUAUGUAAUAGAGGCUUUAACAUAUAUAUAUAUCUAAAACUAUUAAAUGAUAGAUCAUAUAAUAAUAUAAAUGUAAUAGAUCAUGAAACCCCUUUUCCUAAAUAUGGAUAUUAUGCAGUAUACAGAGAAAAAACAAAUCCAACUAAAUUAUGGGACCCAUUAGAUGAUAAUGCAAUUUCACAUUAUGUCUAUCCUUAUCAUAAAUUGCUCUUAUUUAUUCAAAAAAAUAUACAGAAGGGAAAUUAUUUCUUUUUGGAAAAAGGGAACAAAUUUUACCUUAAUGAUGAAUUUGUGGAAAAAAUGAAAGAAAAGAGUAAAUAUGAAGAAGAAAAAGGAAAUAAAUUUGUACCAAAAAAUAAAAUAAUAGAUAAUAUCAAAACAAAUAAUCUAAAAGGAAAACAUAACAGCAACAACAACAACAAUAAUAACAAUAAUAAUAAUAAUAAUAUCUCAACUUUAUUACACAAGGAUAAUAUACGUCAAAAUAAUUACAAUAAUGAUAUUAUUGAAUUAUCUAGUUAUGAAGAUUAUACAUUGAAAAAAUUGUCCUCAACUUCUACAAUUCGAUCAAAUAAUAAUGUUAUUUCCUUUAUACAAAAUAAUGAUAAAUCUAAUGAUUCAACAAAUGAUAAUAAUAUAGAAAAUGUUGUGGAUAUUUUUAAUAAAUACGUUCAGGAAGCUAAAGAAUUACAAAUACAAAAUAGAAAAUUUGAAAGACUACCAGAUAUACAUCCAUGUACUAUUCCAAACAGAUGCCUUGGUACCUUAAUAAAUUUGUGUUCAGAUGGAUCUACUGGAUAUCAAUGUAAUAACUGUUCAAAAAAUUAUGAUAUGUCUUAUUUUAAAUCUAAAUGUAAAAAGUGUCAAAAUUUAUUCUAUGAAAUAUUACAUAUCAUAUUAUUAAAAUUAUUAUAUUAUAUAAUUGUUAUAUUUAUAUGUGCCCUUAAUGGUAAUAUUUUAAAUAAAUUACAUGUUAGUGGAAUAUUAAUGAGAAUAUGGUUAAAUUGCUCUUUUACUUUUAUAGCUUACGGAUUUUUUAUUCCUAACAUGAAUUCAUUUAUUUCGAAAUAUUGGUAUCUAUAUAAAACAGCUUUUUCUUAUCAUAUGAAAAUUUUUGCUUAUUAUAUAAGGGUACAAUGUCUUCUUAAUUCGUUACAUAUUAAUUUGUCAUAUAAUGAAAUCUGGUAUAUACAAAAAUAUAUGAAUAUUUUUACUCCUAUAUUUGAUUCUAUAUUUAUAACAAUCUUAUUGUUUGCCGUAAUAAAUAUAUACAAAUUUUUUUUUUACAAAAAGAAUAUACUUAUAUUCGAACAACUAUUGUGUACUAUUCCUGAGUUGAAUAUGUUAUAUAAAAAGGAUUUUAUAGAUAAUAUUCAUGAUGUGGCAAAUAAAAACUAUGCAAAUAAUAAAGCUCAUAGUUUUGAAGAAAAUGAAAAUCAAAAUGAAGAGAAAAAAAAUAAAAAAAAUAAAAAAAAUAAAAAAAACAUAAAGGACAAGAACAACACUGAAACAAGAAAUAAUUAUAAUAAUGAUAAUAAUAAUAAUAAUGUUGGUGAUGAAUAUAAUAAUAAUUUUAAUAAGGUUAACAUUAAUUCUAAGGAUGAACAGAUAAACCAUUUUGAAAAAUGCUCAAGCAUUACUACCAUACUAAACAAUUUGGAACUAAACAGCCAAGAUAAAAGUAAAAAAAGUAACAAAAAAAUAUUUGAUAUAAAGAAAAAAACAUCUAUAGAAAAUAUUAAGAAAAAUGAUGCAAAUAUUUUAUCGAAUGAUACCUAUAAUAAUGUAAAAAAUAAAGAAUCCAAUAUAAACACAACAAAAAAUAUAACAAAUAACAUAAAUUAUGAAUUAAAACAUAUUAAAAAUAAAGAGUGGUAUAAUAUAUUCUUAAAUAAAACUAUUCAAUAUAUAUAUGAAGAAAAAAAAAUCUUUGGAUUAUGGCAUUUCAUAUUUAAAAAAAAUGAUAACUGGGUUAAAAAUAUAGGAACAUUUUUAAAUGAUACACUUCCUUGUUAUAUAUUAAUAAUGAUAUUAUCGAUACCAUACAUACUUUUAGAACUUAUACAAUUAACAUAUUGUACACCUAUAAAAUAUAAAACACAAAAAGAAGAUUUUUAUUUAACAUAUCUUAUUACACAGAAAUGUAGUUUAUCGUCUAAAUUAUUUUUAACAGGUUUAAUUGUAACGAUUGCAAUGGUUUCUUUUUAUAUAUGCCUAUGGAUCCUUUUAUUAUAUUUAUAUUCAAAAAGAAAAAGAUUGAAUUUGUUCGAUUUAUUAACAUCAAAUUUAUUAACAGGUUAUAGAAAAGGAAAAAUCAUAUUUGAAUUAAUAAUUUUAUUAAAACAUAUUCUAAUCAUAUUUUUAAUAUGUUUUAAUAUAUAUUAUGAAUUUUAUUAUAUUGUUUUUCUUACAUUAAUAUUAAUUACGUUUGCUAUUCUAGAAAUUUUAUCAAAUCCAUAUGAUAAGAGAUCAUUUAAUAUACUUAAUAAAUCAUUAAAUAUCGGAAAUGUAUUAAAUAUAUUUUUCCCUUUAAUUAUUUGGGGCAGUUUUUAUUGGACAUAUGAAAAAUUUUUUAUAUUUCCUAUAUUUGUUAUAUAUGCUUAUCACAUUUAUAUGAUUCAUCAUAUAGUUAAAGAAUUUACACUAUCUAUACAUUUUAUAAAAAAAGAAAAUAUAGUUAAUAUUCAAACUAUUGGAUAUGAUCCAGAAAAUAUAAAAAAUAAAAAUUAUAAAAUAUAUUAUAAAGUCAUGAACAAAAUUAAAUAUUUCCUUAAUAAAAAUCAGAAGAAAAAUAUUUCAAAUGCCAAUCAAAAUAAAGACAAAGAUUUGAAUAAAAAUAAUAAUUCGAAAGAUCACGUAAAAUUUGAACCAAUUGAAAAUAUUAUAAAAAGAUAUAAUCUCAAAUUAAAUAAGGGUAUCCUCAAAGAUACAAAUAAAAAUAAAAAUAAUGAUAAUAAUAAUAAUAUUAAUAAUAUGCAUACACAGGUUGAGGACAAUAAAAAUGAUAUAUUAUUUAUUAAAAAAAAUGUGUUACCUGUUAAUGUACAUAAUGUGGCUUCUAUUUGGUAUGAUGAGCAAAACGAAGAUUUAUUAUUUCAGAUGCCAUAUCAAAAUAAAUUCUGUCUCAAUAUCAAUAAUGAAGAAAAUGAAAAUGAUGAUAAUGUAAAUGAUUCAACAAAAGAUAAAACAAGUGAUGAAAAAAAUAAUAAUGAUACAAAUGAUGAUCAUUUAAAUGGUAAUAGUAACAAUAAUAAUAAUAAUAGUAAUAAUAAGGAUAAUAAAGAGGUGAAUGAAAAUAAUGAUAAUAUAAAUCAUAACAACAUAAGUAAUCAUAAUAAUAAUUCUUCUAUUACUUUUAAUACUAAUAAAAAGAAGAAAAACUACUUUCAUAAAUUAUCAGAUUAUAUAAUUGAUAAACGAAAUAAGAGAAACAUUAAGUAUUUUAUUACAUCUCUUAUGGAAAUUAUUGAAAAGUUUUUAGAUUCUUCUACACACUGCUAUAUAUACGAAAAUUGGUUCGAUUUUACUAUCCGAUUUGCAUUCGUAUAUAUAUCAUGGAUCAAAAAAUGUAACAAAAAAAAUAAUAUUAUGCUGCCUAUGAAUAUACAACAAUUACAUAUUCAUAUGGACCUCUUUAUAUUUACACCUUUAUUUUCAAAAAAUAAUUCUACUUCAAAAUAUGAAAAAAAUAUACAAAAUUAUUCCAAAAAAAAAAUAUAUAAUAAAAUAAAUAGGUAUGAUGAGAAAAAAGAGAAUGUUGAACUACUUGAAAAAAAUAAUAGUUUUGAAAAUACAGAAAUUAAAAUUAGCCGCAGUUUUGGAUCACACAAUUAUAUGCCAAACAUAAAAAAUAGGAAAAAUAAUAAUGACAGAAAAGGAGAUAUUACUUCUAUAAAUGAUAUAAAUGUAGAUAAUAUAAAUGUAGAUAGUACAAAGGAGGAUGAUAAAAAUGAAAAUUACAAUAUCAACCAUCUAAUAAAUGACCACAAUCAAAAAGAAUCUUCUGAGCAUAUAAACAAUAUAAACGAUCAAAAUAUUAUGGACUAUAAUAUAGAUGAAAAUAUCUCUAAAAAUAAUGAAAAAGAAAAAAAUAUUAAAAUGUCUCCCAAAGAUAAUUCCUUUACUCAAAAAGAAUAUAAUAAUAAUAAUAAAUAUAAUUAUAAUAAUAGUGAUAUUCUUAAUUAUUCUUUAGAUAUUUUUUCAUCAGAAAUGUUUAAUGAAAAUAUGUUUCAUAGUAUCAUAUCUUUAUUCGAAUUAUAUAUGGCUAUAAAAACUUUAAAAUUAAUGGACUCACAUAUUUUUAAUAACCUAUACCAAAUGUAUAAUAAAAAAAUUAUCACUUUCGAUACAAGUAUUAUGUUUUAUAUUAAUAAACUAAGAGAUGAUAUAAAAUCAGAAAUUGAGCAAAUUGAUAAAGAAAUAAACACAGGAGAUACAACAGAAAAAGAAAGAAUUCAAAAUUAUUAUUAUUACAAAGAAGAAUUAAUGAAAAGAAAAAAAUUAGAAGAAGAAUUAUUAUCUAAAAUUAAAAGUCUUGAAGAAUGUAUUGAAGUAAACAAACGAUCACAAUCGUUAAGAAAUAUGUUAUUAACAAAAAAGAAAAAAAAUAAUAAGGAAAAUAUGGAAAAUAAUGAGAAUAAUGAAAAUGUAGAGGAACAUAUAAAUUAUAUCUUUUCCCAUUUACAUAAUGAAGGUACAUAUAAAUUAAAUCAUUCUCAAAAUAUGGACAAAAAAAAUUAA